GCCUGGGCUCCGGCAUCGUCAUCCUUGCCUCCGUGGUGACCAUGCUCACAACGCUCUCCAUGUCUGCCAUCUGCACCAACGGCGAAGUGCGGGGAGGAGGCACGUACUACAUGAUAUCCCGGAGUUUAGGGCCCGAGUUCGGCGGCUCCAUCGGCCUCAUAUUCUCGCUGGCCAACGCGGUGGCCAUAGCCUUGUACGUGGUCGGCUUCUCGGAGACCGUCCGGGACUUGUGCAAGCAACAAGGCACGUACAUCGUGGACGGCGGUCUCAACGACGUUCGGAUCGUGAGCGGCGUCACCGUCAUCUUUCUGCUGGGCAUCGCCAUCAUAGGCACCGAAUGGGAGUCCAAGGCUCAGAUGGUGCUUCUGGUUAUCCUCCUGGUAGCCAUGGUGGACUUCGUUGUCGGAGCCAUGAUUCCCCCAAGCGCGGUGGAGCAGUCCAGGGGCUACUUCGGCUGGAGCACCGCCAUAGCGCUGGAGAACGUCGGUCCAAACUUCCAGGAAGGCGAGAAUUUCUUCACCGUGUUCGCCGUCUACUUCCCGGCUGCCACGGGUAUUCUGGCCGGUGCCAACAUCUCCGGCGACCUGGCUGACCCGCAGACAGCCAUUCCCAAGGGCACGUACCUGGCCAUCAUCGUGACGACCAUCUCGUACGUGUUCUUCGCCAUCCUGGCCGGAUGCGUGACGGUGCGUCAAGCCAACGGGCUCGAACUGAUCAACGGAACUACGCUCGAGGACGUACGAAACUGCACCCUGACCGGAGGAUGCGAGUAUGGUCUCCUCUACGACAGCCAGGUGAUGGAGCUGAUAUCCGCGUUCGGUCCCUUGGUUUACGCCGGUAUAUUCGCAGCCACCCUGUCUUCUGCUCUGGCUAGCUUGGUCAGCGCCCCCAAGGUCUUCCAGGCGCUGUGCAAGGACCGCAUCUUCCCUCACAUCGAGGUGUUCGCCAAGGGCUACGGCAAGAGCAACGAGCCCCGACGCGGAUACCUGCUGGCCUGCGCCAUCGCGCUCGGAUGCGUCGCCAUUGGCGAACUGAACGCCAUCGCUCCCAUCAUCUCCAACUUCUUCAUGGCUGCCUACGCGCUCAUCAACUUCUCCUGCUUCCAUGCUUCGUACGCAAAGUCUCCUGGUUUCCGCCCGGCCUUCAAGUACUACAACAUGUGGCUCAGCCUGAUCGGCGCCAUGCUGUGCGUGUUCGUGAUGUUCAUCAUGAACUGGCAGACGGCGCUCAUCACGUUCGCCGUCGUCCUCGGCCUCUACAUCUACAUCAGCUACCGGAAACCCGACGUAAACUGGGGAUCUUCGACGCAAGCUCAGAUCUACAAGGACGCGCUGAACUCCGUCUACCGCCUGCAGACGGUUCAGGAGCACGUGAAGAACUACAGGCCUCAGAUCUUGGUGCUGACCGGCGACCCAAGCCACCGCCCUCCUCUGGUAGACUUCGCCUACAGCAUCACCAAGAAGCUCUCGCUGCUUAUCUGUGGCAACGUCUCGCCCCACCGUCUGACGUACCGGUCGCGCACCGCGCUCACCAACCGCGCCCACGCUUGGCUCGAGCGACGCAAGAUCAAGGCCUUCUACACACUGGUGCGAGACGAGGACUUCACGCACGGCGUGCGAUCCAUGCUGCAGUCUUCCGGACUGGGCAAGCUCCGUCCCAACGUGGUGAUGAUCGGCUACAAGUCCAACUGGCAAACGUGCGACCGCCAGGAGGUUCUCAAGUACUUCACCGUCAUCCACGACGUGCUGGAUCUGUACAUGUCCGUGUGUAUCCUUCGGCUGCCCGAGGGCCACGACUACUCCGAGUACGCGGACCAGGACACAGCGGUGGCCGCCAACGGCAAGAAGCUCGACAUGCUCACCGUGCCUGGAGGCAUUGAGCGCGAGAACUCGUCCGGGGCCUUCCCACGGAACAUCUCCAGCGCACAGCUCUCCAUGGGCGGCAGCUCCCGGGAGCCCUCCCCGCCGGCUACUCCUCACAUGAGUCGCGCGGUGGGCAUGCCGGGCAACGCCUCCGAGAAGGCGCCGCUUGCCGAGCCCGAGCCUGUCUCGGUGGUGGUCAACGUGGUGCCCCAGCAGCACCACCACCAGGGUGCCGAGGACGCGAACAAGACGCCCGACGAACCCAAGGAACUGCCGCUGUCCAUCAACCAGUUCUUGCGCAAGCAGAAGAAGGGAACCAUCGACGUCUGGUGGCUGUACGACGACGGAGGUCUGACUAUGCUCAUACCGUACCUGCUGACCACGCGCAACAACUGGAGCGGAUGCAAGCUGCGCGUCUUCUCGCUGGCCAACAAGAAGGAGGAACUCGACCGGGAACAACGAAACAUGGCGUCACUGCUGAGCAAGUUCCGUAUCGAGUACUCUGACGUCACAGUCAUCCCGGACAUUGUGCGGCCUCCGGCUGAAUCAAGCAAGCGCGAGUUUGAAGAGUUGGUCCGCAAGUGGCGACGGACGGAGGACGACACGGAGGUGGAGCACGACCCACUCGAGAUCUCGGACUCCGAGAUGCUCGCGCUCAGGGACAAGACGUACCGACACCUGCGUCUUCGAGAGCUCCUGCAGAAACAUUCCAAGAAUGCCACUUUGGUCGCUAUGACCCUCCCGAUGCCGCGC